CAUAAAUUCUGACAAAAGCAAUUCUUUUACGUUGUCAGCUGCCAUCCUGUCAAAAUGAAAGUAGACUAUGUCGAACAAAUUCGAAGCAGAACGAAUGAUGUUUUCAUAGGUGGCACAAAUUCAAGAUGUCUGCGCCCAUAGAGGUACUGUUUACCAGUGAUAUAUCCGGGCAAUUAUGGAAUACUUGUGUUUGGGACAUAAAUACAGGAACCAGUCUUACAUCAUACAAAGGAGAGAGUACCAGUCAUAGGGGAUUGUGUAUCCUUGGUAACCAAUAUCUACUGGGAUCAUCGUGUUCUAAACCUCUCAUUCAUGUAUGGGCUUUACAAAGGAGGGAGCAGCAUCAGUUGAAGAUCAUUUGUCCUGGUAGAGUUACUGCCCUUGCAGUAUCACCAGAUGGCACAUACUGCAUUGCUGCAGUUGGAGAGAAAAUUCAUUUAUGGCAGGUGUGCACAGGUAAUUUGAUGUCAGUGUUGAGUCGCCAUUACCAGACUGUGAAUGUGUUGAAAUUUACAGACAACUGUAGUCACUUUAUAUCUGGAGGGGAGGACAACCUAGUUAUUGUAUGGUCACUAGUCAGUGUGCUGUCUUCCAUGAACAACCCAACCAGGAAACCAGAACCAGUGCGAAUAUGGUCCAGUCAUUCAUUACCUGUUACAGAUGUACAUGUAGGAAAAGGUGGGAGCAGGUGUCGUGUUGUCUCUGCAUCCUUAGAUCAAACUUGCAAGAUCUGGGACAUGGUUUCUGGAGAACUGUUACAAACUAUUGUAUUUCCAACUAGUGUGAUGUCAGUUGCCAUGGAUACUGCAGAAUUAAGACUGCUUGCAGGAGGCAGUAAUGGAGAUGUGUAUUGUAUCAAUAUGUAUGGUCAGCCAAUAAGAACAGAACGACAUAUUGAAUCACAUGACCAGCAAGGGGUUUCUUGCCUGAAAGGACACAGUAAGCAGGUGACCUGUCUCUCAGUUAGUACUGAUGGCACAAAGAUUGUUUCUGGCUCACAUGAUCAUACAGUAAAAAUCUGGGAUGUUUUCAGUGGUCAGUGUGUACGAACUUUACAACAUAAAGGUCAAGUAACAAACACAUUAAUAGUUCCUACUCCACCAGCCAUCAUUAACGCAGAGAUUAAGCCAACACUUCAUCUUCAACCGUUCAAGCGCCAUCUGUACACAGGGGAGGAUAACUCUGAAGAUGGUGGCAUUCUUCAUAUCCGCAUUACUGGACAGCAGAAGGAAGAAGAUAGAGAAAUGGAUCUGUCGAAAUUGCAGAAAGAACAUUUUAGUGAUACCAAUAUUUCAAGCCUGAAGGAAGAAUUACAGCAAGUAAAAGCAAUCAACCAAGAUAUCUUCAAUUUUACUGUAUGCACAGAUGGCAUUGGUACAUUGAAGUAGCUAAAACUAUGGUCAGACCCAGCCUUUGCCACACACUGAUUCUUCCAAGAAAUGAACAGGCAUGUUCUCUGGUCUUGACACCUUUAUACCUGUUUUGGUGGGUGAUGAAAAGCUGUGUGCAUUGAUGGCAAGUUGUUUGGCCGAAACAGGAGGUCGCUGACUUCAAAUCACUUGCCCCUCAUCCAUGUGUGUUCGAGCCUCACUCGGGGUGUCGAAUUCUUCAUGUGAGGAAGCCAUCCAGCUGGCUUAGGGAAGGCCGGUGGUUCUACCCAGGUACCCGCUCCUGAUGAAAUAAUGCUUGGAGGGGCACCUAGGGUCUUCCUCCACCAUCAAAUUUGGAAAGUCGCCAUAUGACCUAUAAUUAUGUCGGUGCAACGUUAAACCCAACAAACAAACGACACCUAUGUUGAUGAAAUACAGUGUGCCCCUGGGAUCAGUACUUGGUCCAAAGAACUAUAUCAUGUACACUAAACCUGUUGGUGCUAUAUGCAGUGGUCAUGGACUGCUUCAUCAUUUCUAAGCCGAUGACUCUCAAUUCUAUCUGUCCUUUCAGCCAAUAGAAGCUGUGGCUAGAAGUGGGGCUUUUCACAGCAUUGAGAGUUGUGUGGCAGAUGCAUUGCAACAUGCUGAUAAAACGGAGGUAAUGUUAUUCGCAUCAAAGCAUAACUCCAAGUACAUUGAGGACGUCUCAAUGAAAUUCGGUGACCCUGUGAUAAAUCCACAAAAUAGAAAUCUUGGUGCAGUAUUUAACAACAGUAUGGAUAUGGAACAACAUGUCAAUUCUGUGUGCCGGGCUGGAUAUACACAACUAAGCAGAAUAGGUUACAUCAGGUGGUAACUUACCAUUGAUGCCACAAAGACCCUUGUCAACAGCCUGGUUACCUCAUGGUUAGGCUACUGUAAUACUUUGUUAAGUUAUGGGUCGGAGGCCUGAAUCAUAAUGUAAAUAAAGUUGAAAGUUGAAGUGGUAUUCCAAACAGCACUAAGAUGCCCCGUCACAACACCAGUUCUGAAGGAGUUCCAUUGGUUGCCAGUGAAAUACAUGGUGCAGUACAAGGUUCUGUCCCACACCUUCAAAGCUGUACACGAUCAAUCCUCUGCCUAUAUAAGGGAUAUGAUAGAAAUGUAUAAACUGGUCAGAAAGCUAAAAUCAUAAGGCACACUGUCAUUGGUCAAUGUUUUAUCCAUAUGUUCUACAUUGAUGAAUUUUGUUAAAGAGAUAAUGCAAUUUGUUUGUGUUGAAUGUGUAAUUGCAUUGUUUUCAAUUUAUUCUGUAAAGCACGUUUGAACCUGUACAUGUUCAUGGAAAGAGUGCUAUAAAAUUCGGUAU